UCUCACUCCUCACAGACCACCACAAGUUCUGACAUCUCCAUCUUACAGUACUGUGUACAUCCACAACGAUCCUCUCCAUCUUCCUGGCUGUCCUGUGCGCUGUUUCAUUGAAUCUUGUACAUGGUUUACAAUGGCUACCCCUCGUCGUAGAUCUGCUCGAUUGAGCAAAAACGCUCAGCAACAGCGAUCUUCUACCCGUAAACAGUCCUCGGCACCACUUGGGGCUCUCAUAGAACGAGACGAGACUCCCGAUGUGGGCGAACCGCAAUCCAUUGACAACGUUAUCGCAACUCCAGCAUCUGCUGCCACCACCCAAUCCCAGCUCACCAAGCUGUCGGGCCUCAAGACACCCAAAACUGAACCACGAGUUGAUCGCGGCGAGAUGCACCCUGAGCUCGUCCAUCACAGCACCACUAAAGCUCCCGACUCUGGCCUUAAGCUAGGCUUCAUCGACAUACCUUCACAUCCCCAAUCGAUCGCGAGCGCACAAAACACGCCUUCAAAAAUCCGUACAAGCACUCCUGCACACUUUCAAUCCACCAGCUUGGACUUCAAGUUUGGGAGCGAAUCCCAAUUGAGCAGCGAGGCACAGAAAUUGAUGGACAAUGUGCGUGAGGAAGCGACCAGAAUCAAAGCACAGAUGCAGGCCGAAAGAGAGGCUCAACAACAGAAAGACGAAGACGCCGAGUCUACCUUUGGUGGAAUCAAUGCUUCUGGUAGAAAGAUUGCGAAACCAAAGGGCAAGGCUGGUCGAUUCAGCGACAUCCAUAUGGCUCAGUUCAAGAAGAUGGACUCGAUUGCAAAUCAUCCUUCCGCAUUUCGGGGGAAGCCAGGUUUUGCGCAGCCUACGGCCCAAUCACUCAAGCGAAGCGGCUCUAAAGCUCGUCUGGAUGAAAUGGACCGACCUCGAACUGCUGGCAAAAGCACUCCUGGACGACGACCGCCACCUUUCCUUGGUCGCCCAACUUCUGUGAGCCCGUUCAAAUCCAUUCCAGCGCAGCCAGAACGACUCGAGAAUGCCACUCCAGCUAAGCGUGCUAGACACUCCGAACUGCAGGAUGUUUCCUCAAGUCGACCGAAAGAACUCACCCAACCAGCUCGGACCGAAACCUUGACAAAUUCAGUGUCCAGCAGCUUGCUGUCGCCAACCAAGGCAUCCUUGGCCAGAGCUGGAGCUAGUCAGAUACCGUUGGCUUCACCCAACAAGGCUUCACCACUCAAACGCCCUGCAUCGGCCAAGUCGCUGAGAACAACUUCACAAGGAGCGGCCAAUAGACCUGCUACUUCUCAUGGGGCACCGACAGCUCAGACUAUGUUUCACUUUGCACGCCCUGAAGGAUCGCACUUGGAUAGGCCCCUCCCACCAUUACCCAAGGAUGUUCCUUCGCCUACAUCUUCUCAAUCAGAAGAACCCCAACAGGCACCUAUCAGCAUUCAAGGUCCAACUAUGUCCAAGAACCAGGGGUUCUCCUCGAAACUGCCGAAAUUUGCUGGAUUGAAAUCAAUUCUACGUUCUGGCCGAAAGACGGAUAUUGUACCUUUCAUCCAAGAUCGACAAGGCACCCCGAAGCGCCCGGCUACUGCAACGGCUAACAGUGGCUCCUUGAAGAAAGUCGACUUUACUCCGAGUGUCAAGUCAAGAUACGCCGUGAAAUUGGCUGCUGGAAGCCCCAGCCCAGUCAAGCUCCCGCAACAACUCACGCCCGGCAAAGCACUCGCGCCACUUGUCCCCUACGACCCAGCGGCAUAUGUGCUAGAAGCUGAUGAUGGUGACGACUGCUGGGAAGACGCCGAAGGUGAGAUCGACUAUCCAGUUCUACCUGAAGGUUCUUCAAGCCCGGUUCAAUCGACGCCCGACAAGUCUUUCGAGAGAAAGGCCAAAGACCACAACCGCCGCGAGUCUAAGGAGUUCAAAUCAAUCUUCACCACUUUGCACCACCCAUCUAGACCUGCGCCUCCUUCGAAUUUGACCUCUGUGAAUACCGUAGUCAACAAGACGGACCCGGCCAUUCACGCUAACAAGGUCAUGCGAUCACCUAGCAACCCUCACUUCUCACAACCAUCUCCCUCUACUAUUCGCCGCGUCACCACUUCCGGCGUAACGGAGCUCGUUCAGCCAUUCGAAGAUGCAGAAGUAAAGACCGUUCCACACGGGAUCCCAGGCAAGAAACGUCGUCGAGACUCGAUCGUGUCUGACAAUGACGAGUCAGGCGAGGAUGCUGGGAAAGAGAACCGCCGCAUCUCCGUCAUGCCGUCUGUUCCUGGUGGCUGGCAUGACACCCCACAACCUGACGAACAGGAUGAGGGCGAGAAGCGUGGUGGGAAGCGUGCGAGAGUCGGUGGCGCGCCUACAGACCCGAGGGAGAAGGCGAAAAACGACGUCGGAAAACCACGACAGAGCACGGCAAGAGAAAUGGCGAAGAAGAGCGCUGAUGCGCGUAAGGGAAAAGGCAUUUUGAGUCUGAGCCGCUUGAAUAUGCUGAGUCGACCGAAGCAGAGAGAGUGAACAAUGAUCUGUGUACUGAUUUCUAGCACUGCUAUCGGUCGGCAGGAUCACUGCAGAGAUCGUUUGCAUGGUGGUUGCGGGCAUCAUGCGCUUCUACCUCUCUCAGCGUCCUCACAUGAGCAAGGGAUAGCAUACCUUGCGACGCUCAUAGUCGGAUGACAACGGCUACUACUUUUCGGAAAUUGUGUUACAUGUUUUACUUGUUUUUAUUACCGGCUUCUGCCGCAAGGGAAAUGGGAAGCAUCGAUCUGGAGCUGAAGUGGGAUUAGAUCAUGACCAAAUCACAUAAUGACAUGCUCUGGAUAUUGAUGGCUGGCCGGACUGGGGGCUUGGGAUCUACGGUCUACGGUCUGCGGCUGGUGUUCAAGGUCCUUGGGAACGGGCGGGUCACAAAAGCUGUUGGUUUACUUGGGUUAUGGAUGGGAUUUCAGUCUUGGAGUAUUGUGACUGUGAGGAUUAUUCGGAGACAACAAGUCGAGGUACAUUGAGCUGACGGGGCGUCGUAUGGACGGACGGACGAAAAGGGGCAACCUGGUUGAUGGCUGAGCCGAACAAAAUAGUUGUCACUGUCCGAGUACGACGUCCUUUACAUCUGCAUAAGCUCGAUCAAUAGUCUGCUCUGCAUGAACAAAGGGCAAUGAAAC